AUGGAGAGAAAUACAGACAGGAGCAUGGAAGAAAACCAUGGUAAUGCUAUUGUUGGGUCCUCUAAUCAAAAUUUAAGUGCGAGUGAAAUUUUGAGGCGUUAUUCACUCGGCUACAGAUUUAAUCCUCUUGAUCAAGAACUCAUCCUUGGUUAUCUUCUACGCAAAAUCAAGGGCUUAUCUUUACCCACCAAUCUCAUGCAUGAAGUUGACAUUUAUCUUCAUACUCCUGAACACCUUACUGCACAAGGUGAUAAAGAGUGGUAUUUCUUUACACCAAGAGACAAAAAAUACAAAAAUGGGAGGCGUCCAAAUAGAAGGGCUGAAGAUGGAUAUUGGAAAGCAACAGGAGCUGAUAAGACUAUUAAGAAAGAUGAUGGUCGAGAAAUUGGAUUCAGGCAAAAAUUGGUUUACUACAGAGGAAAUGCUCCUAAGGGUGUUAAGACUAGCUGGAUGAUGUAUGAAUUUAGGGUCAAUGGUCCUUCCCUGCUAGAUUCUUCUCUCAAAUGGAAAAGAGAUAUGGUACGCUAUGAUUCCUUUUUUUCUUCUUCUUUUUACUUUUUUUUAUCUUUCUAACUCGUUUAUACUUUUUACUAUUCGAUACAUGCGUAUCUCGUUGAAAAUUAGAGGAAUGUUAUAAGAAGAUUUUUUUUAUAAAGUUACUAUCAUAUAAUUUUGAGAUUUUCAAGUACGUCAUAUAUCUGAUAUAAUCUUUUAAAAGUUCGAAGGAGUUUGACUAUUACUUUUGUGAAUUUUUUCACUUAUGUGUUUAUGAUUUUAUUCUAAUGUUUUUUCUUUAUGCGAAUGGCAGCUGUUGGACUAUGUCCUAUGUAAAAUCUACCAAAAAGUCCAAAAGGAUGAAUCAAGGAAAAGGUCACGAAAAAAACAAAAAACUGAGCCAGUAGAAAUUGAUGAAGGAAACAACUCGUCUGCUGAAGAGGAAGCAAACAACAGCAACGACACCACCAACGCCAACGCCAACGCCAACAACAACGGCGACAUCAACCAGCCAUCAAAUGAUAACAUGAC